AGGAGCCUUGGCCCGAUGGCUUCUGUGGGAGGAGAAAACGCGGCCCGGAAAGGGGGCCGGCUUUGAGGCGGAGAGAACUGCGGAGGGCCGCCUUCCUCACCUCCUUCUCUUUCUGGGUCGUCAUGGAGCAGAGAGAUGUGGGCAGCUUCCCUUUGGCGCCGGCUCUGCGGGCGAAGCUGGUCGCUGCCGGCUUCCAGACAGCCCAAGACGUCCUGGAUGUCGGGCCGUGCCAGCUCAGCAAAGAAACUGGGAUUUCAAAACAGGAGGCAUUAGAAAUUUUGCAAGAGAUCAGGCGGGAACGACAUGGUGAUGGAGCGAAGCCUGCUGGGGAUCAGGCGUCAGCCAAGAAGUACACAGCGCUUGAACUUCUGGAAGAGGAACAAGCACAAGGUUUCAUCAUAACCUUUUGCUCUGAAUUGGAUGGUAUCCUGGGAGGGGGCAUUCAGGUGACCAAAAUCACAGAGAUCUGCGGAGCACCAGGUGUCGGCAAGACACAGCUCUGCAUGCAACUGGUGGUGGAUGUGCAGAUUCCAGAAUGCUUUGGAGGGCUUGCUGGGGAAGCUGUUUUCAUAGAUACGGAGGGAAGCUUUAUGGUAGACCGAGUCGUGGAUAUAGCAGCAGCCUGCGUUGAGCAUUGCCGGCUUAUUGCUGAAAUGCAUCCAGAAGAAGACCAUCAAGCAGCCCUGGAGAUCUUCUCCCUUGAAAAUAUUCUUUCUCAUAUCUAUUACUUCCGUUGUCAUGACUAUGUGGAGCUACUGGCUCAGGUCUACCUCCUCCCAGACUUCCUCGCUGGACACUCAAAGGUACGAUUGGUUGUGAUUGAUGGAGUUGCCUUCCCUUUCCGCCAUGACUUUGAGGAUCUCUCACUGCGAACACGGCUUUUGAAUGGCCUGGCCCAGCAGCUGAUUAGUAUUGCAAACGAACACACAUUAGCUGUAGUGUUGACCAAUCAAAUGACGACAAGAAUUGGACAAAGUCAUUCCUCUUUGGUACCUGCCUUAGGAGAAAGCUGGGGGCAUGCAGCUACUGUCCGUUUAAUUCUGCACUGGGAUAACAAACGGAGGUUGGCAACGUUGUACAAGUCUCCAAGUCAGAAGGAGUCAACUGUGUCAUUUUGUGUUACGUCUCACGGAUUUAGAGAUGUUCAGCUUCCACGCCCAAAUCUGACCCCAGCAGAAGAUGAAGUAAACCCUCGUAAAAGGCCACGGCUGGAACAGGUGCAAGAAAAUGAUUCAGAACAAUAAAUUGCAGCAGCAGCAACGUCAUUUGAAAAUGUUUCCACUGAAGGAGGACUUCAGAGUGCUCAAGACUCUAUUUCACUUUGCAGGGAAAAUGCAUUUAAUUUUAAUCCAUCCCAUGGUAUGACUUUAUCUUCCUCACUUUUGUAUCUCACCAACCACUAUUACAUUUCUUUUCAAAUAAAAGUGUUUAUUUAAAACACCUGGUUUCCAGAGGAGUAACGGUCUUAAAGUCUGGAAUCCAAUACAUGUCUGCUCAGCAGUAAGCUUCAUUGGGUUCAAAAUGUGUAUUGGAUUACAGCCUUCAGCAGCAAAAACACCAAAGACUCCCCUGGCACCUUAAAAGUUGAAGUCGUUGUGACAUAAACUUUUGUAGACCGUCAUCCACUUCAUCAAACGAUAGGGUGGACUGUAGACCACGAAAGUUUAUCCCAUAAUUUGUCACCUUUUUUUUAAGGUGCCACUAACCAGUUCUUGGAUCUUCUUAGGCAGGAGAACUACAGUGUGCCUUCUAAAACAGGCAUUCCCAAAUCUGUGGUCCGUGAGCUUCAUUCAGCUGACCUGUACCCUGUCUGCGUUAAAUAUUCAUAUUGAUUA